AUGUGUUUCGCGUGUAACGGUGCUCAUCACCCAUCAUGUUGCUUCAAAACGUCGCAGGAUGAGCAAUCUUUUGCUAAGCAGGGACCAACUUCAACUUCCCCAGCAAAGAAAAUCAAAAUAGCGCGUCAAAAGAUCUACAGAAGGUCAAAGCUACCACCAAGAUCAACCAUCUUAGCGCUCCUCAAGACGACCAGGAUACUACGAUUUGUGAACUUCAUUCUGCACAGAAAGGUCAAGACAACGUGGGAACAACGUUUCCUACCGACGGGAGAGUUGACCGUAAUGGAUCCCAAGUCUAAGAAACUUAGGAAGGUUGCGGUUUUACUUGACACAGGAGCAGAGCUCUCCUUUAUAGAUAAUUCACUCGCGGAAGAGCUAGGUCUGCCCACGUUAGAGGAGACUACAUUGCGGUUACACACCUUCGGCUCAGAGCAAAUUCAAGAAGAGCUCUGCCGAAAGGUACCGCUGGAAACAUGGGACGAAGAAGGGAAUCCGAUUUCUCUUCAAUUGCUUACGCAUAGAAUAUUGACGAAAUCGUUGGUACCUCCACCAGUACUGAAGGGAGACUUGGAAUACAUCAGGAGGAUGAAUCUUCCUAUAAGACUCAAUGAACGUCAACUGUGCGUUAAGCCUUUGAUAUUAUUAGGCUGCGAUCAACUUUGGUCUCUGAUUCGCGUAGACCAAUCUCAGUUGACUUUACCAUCAGGUCUCCAUUUACUUCCUACGCGUUUGAGACAUUUACUCACUGGCCAUUUACAAUCGGCACUCAAUACUGUCCAGGUUUGUCACCAAAACAGGAACGUACAGGGAUGGACUGAAUGUUGGUCGCUAGACGCACGAGUAAAUGUUAUAUCCACGGAUGCUUCCUCCGACAUUGUGGACGAAAAAGAGUUGUGGGCACGAUAUUGGUCACUAGAAGCAGCUGGAACAGAAAAGUACACUGAAUCUGAGAAUAGUGUGCAAUCGGUGAUAGACAAACGCGUAUGGGGCAAUUUCAGACAAACUGUGGAGAGAAGAGACGAUGGAUAUUACGUCCGUCUUUCGUGGAAGGACGUUAUCAACCCCUUCACCGGAUAA